UCCAGCCUCAUCUUCAACCUUGGCUAGUGCCAGCUAUGCCACAAGUUAUGCCGGCACCGACUCUUUUAUGUCAGGGGCGACCAUUUUGGCCCAAGCGGCCAUUCUACCUGGCAACAACACGACGAAGGAAGAGGACGAUUCCUCCACCGCGGUAGUUGAUCGCAAGAAUGAUCCCAGAUUCCGAUCGCCCGAGGCCUACCUUGGUCUCCCCCUCGGCGAGAUAGUUGAAGGACCGGAAUACUUCUUGCACCCCUGGCACAAAGUCAUGAAGGAAUCGACUGACUUCCCGUUCUUUAUGUUCAACGCCAUCAGAUACCCAGCAAAGUCUCUGAACAAAGCGGCAGCAGAAGUCUUUCCCUGGGAGCACGUCGAGACGAUCAGGGAUCCUUGGCUCAACGACGGCAAGCUUAUGCGAUACGACGACUCUGUCGGCCAUUGUGUUGAACAGCCUUGUGACGACGUCUCCAAACUCGACAAAGGCAAGCUUUUCGGCUUUACUCACGAGCUCGACGGUUGGCUCGACUUUCUACACGAGGACACUAAGCGUUACGUCAAGUCCAUCAAGGACAUCCAGGCUCAGGUGAAUGCUCUUCAAGCAAGGGUCAAAGAGAUUCACUUGGCGAAUGAUAAAAUCUACGAGGAACUCUCGAGCCUCAGACACAAGCUCAAGCGCGUACGCGGCCUCAACGUCCUAGUCGGCACCCAGAGAUUCCUCGCUCAGGCUCGCGAGAAUGAACUCAAAAUGCAACAGGAGGAGAACAACAACAAGCGCCACGAGCUACUGUUCGAGAUCGCGAAGCAGUUUUACGAGUACGAAAUACUCGUCCGCAAGGCCCUCUACCUGGACAGCAUCCACGUCUCGGAUCUCCAUCGCGCCGACGCCAAGCGCCAAGCCGACGACAAGGCAAACCAGGAAGAGCAGGAGCGCCUCAUGAGUUUCAUCAAACUCCAGAGCCAGAAGUACGUGGAGGAAGAGGCCAAGCGCCAGCACAAGCAAGCCAAAGCCCGCGCCACCAGUGCCAAGAAAGACAAAGCCAAGGGAAAAGGCAAAGGCAAAGCAACCGCCGCCGCCGACUUUGACCGCGAGGACGACGACAACAACGAAGAUGACAUCCUCCUCGCGGAUCUCAAGCUCUCCGAGCCGCAAACCCUCUUCGCCGCCGGCCAGAUGCUCGACCCCAUGUGCGCCGCCCCUCACGACAACUCCCGGAAGGUCCCCGCGUGGUUCCCAAUCUUCGACGCUCAACAAAUCGUCCCGCUCCGUUCCUCCAAGCCGCACGAGAGAUUUGACGAGUUGAUGGUCAAGUUUGCUGAGCUCCACCAAAAGGCCAAGGAGGAAAAGGAGGAGGAGGGGGCUCCUACCAAGAAGCCGCUGCCCAAGAUCAUCCCCGAGUUUCAUGACCCGCAUCCGGAGUGGCCUACCUCGUGGAGGCGCGAGCACGGCGGGUGGUGGCUCUGCGAUAUCUCGGAAAAGGCCACGGCUCCCGAGAAGGCUUGCAAGCUCUGCCAAGCCGCCAGGCGCCAGGCGAUCAGGGAGGAGAGGGAGAACAUGGCCCGGGGUAUCUACCCCGAGGAUGAUGAAGAUGAGGAGGGUAAUGUCAGGACUGCCAAGGAGCAGUAUGAUGAGAUCAAGGAGGCGAUGGAUCUGGCAAUGGCGCAGGCCCAUGUGAAGGAGGUGGAGUGGUUGAGGGGGGAGGUUAAGAGUCUGGAUGAGGAGGCGAAGAGGGUUAGGAAGUGGAAGGAGAUGAGCUUUGAGGAGAAGAGGAAGCUUGGGUUCCAUUGAGUGUUUGCUUUGGCUUGGUAUGAUACCCAGGGAAAUUAUUAUGCAUUCAUGGAUGACUUUCGGACAGGACAUUAGGGAUUGAGUUUUCUAAAAAAGACCUCUUGCCACUUAGCAUAGGCAUUUGGGGCAUUUGAAAGGGCAUGGGAAGGAAUGGGAAAGACAUGUUUCAAUGGACAGUUGGGAAGCGGAUUUUACCUCUAGGUAACCAAAGCUCAAUGAUUGUGGUUAUAUCGCGGAUUGAUAGGGCUGAGUGGUUAGUGAAAUCUGAACUAAGCCCACACUGAAUAUUUCUUGUUCGACUAAGAAGUGGAUUGAUGUGAAAUAUGCUGUAAUAUUUGUUGCCUCGCAGGAUUGGGAGUUGCUGACUUGAAUUAUAAGUUCAUGAUACCUAUCCAUCUUCAAUGUGAUUAGAAAAAGCGUAGAAUGUCAUGUUAACCAUGCCUCGUCGUUGAGUGAUCCCGUGAC